AUGAAAAACGCCCGCUACCAGGUGCUUGACUACUGCCCGCGCAGCGCCGUCAGGGCGUCACCUGGACCAGGGAUUCGUGCCAGUCCCGUGACGACAGGACUAAUUGGUCUGGCCGGGCUCGGCAGCACUGGUGCCUUUUCGAGCCUUGCCUCGAUCAGUCAUGUCUCAGCUCGACCCACGGCCUCGAAUGUGUCGGUCAACCCUUCGGUGUCCAUGGACGACAGCGACACCGCUCCUUUUCCUCCUUCGUUUCAUGCCCCAUCACUCCCACCAUCUUCUACUGCCUCUCCCUCUCCCCCCUCCCCCUACCCAUCUCCCCUUCUCAACCCUCUCUACUCUUCUACCAGCACACUCUCCUCACCCUCGACCUGCUUGCCGCCAAAACAGGCUGGUGGCCAUCCCUCCGUAGAGGCCAGACGUCCGCAUGAACGACACUCGACAAUGCCGCUGGGCCUAAUUUCGAUAGAGGCCAGGGCACAGACAAAAGCCACUGGUGAGUCUUUACCAUGUGUCCCGUUGACAUUAACAUGCCGAAAGUUUAAUUUUGGUACCACUCGCCUAUUGGCCAGUCCUUUCAGGCUGGGCUAA